CAUGUAGCAUCACAUAUUUUCACUUCCCUAUUGUAAAUUCUCCAGAUUUCGUUAAUGCGUUAUCAACUAAAGCUAUAUUAACUCAUUACAAUAUUGCCCGAUUGUCACGAAAAUUCAAUAUUAUCAUUUUCAAUUAUAUAUUAAUAUCUAGUUUUGAUUUUUUUCAACUCACUGUAAUUAGAUAUUAAAUAAUAUUCAUUCUACGAUUUCUUAUUCAAAUUUAAUUUUUAACAAAACAAGCAAUUAAUUGAUAUCGUUUCAAGGAAUUUAUUUAUCUGGACGCCAAUAUGGUGAAAUUGUUUGCAAUGAGUGUGUUGUACAAAGGACCCAAUGAUUCAACGCUAUUGAAGUCUGCAUUUGAACUGCAGUCAUUUGGUUACUUUCAACGUAAAAGUGUACAGGAAUUCAUGGGAUUUGUAACGAAAACCAUUGUAGAACGCACAGCGACUGCUGCUCGGCAAUCUGUAAAAGAAAAAGAAUAUAUGUGCCAUGUUUAUGUACGGGCGGAUAAUUUGGCUGGUGUUCUAAUAUCUGACGAUGAAUAUCCUCAUCGGGUUGCGCAUACCCUUCUAACAAAGUCAUUGGAUGAAUUUUCUGCAAAAGUUCCAUCACAUAGUUGGCCAAAACUCAACGAAACACAAGUUACAUUCAAUGAACUAAAUGCUAUGUUAGCCAAGUAUCAAAAUCCCAAAGAAGCUGAUGCUAUGACAAAAAUUCAACAAGAUUUAGAUGACACAAAAAUCAUCUUGCAUAAUACAAUUGAGGCUGUUUUGGAACGUGGAGAAAAGCUUGAUGACUUAGUUGCAAAAUCUGAAGGUUUAAGUAUGCAGUCAAAAGCAUUUUACAAAACUGCUAAGAAAACGAAUGCAUGUUGUCGAAUGUAAUGAAUUUAAUGGUAACCAAUAUGACUACUGGUUUAAGUAUAACCAUUUUUUUACUCAGUUAGUCAAUAAAAAUGUGACUACUUAAAAGGAUAUACAAAACAAUAUUUAGGCUUAUUUAUUAUUACAUUCCGAUCCCUUCCCAAUUUAUAUUUUGUAUUAUAAUCGGGGGAAAAAGUGUGUUCAUUACUUUUUAUCCACAUUUGGGGACAUGAUCAAUAUUUUGUAAUAAACAGGAUAUAAAAAUAUAUAUUUUAACAACAACAAUGCAUUUAAUUUAAAAUUUAAAUCAAUGAAGUUAUUUCUUGAAAUAAUAAUAAUUUUUAUUAUGCUAUUUUAAGUAGUAGUAGAUCCAGCUUCAUUAAUCUGAUUCAACUAGUUAAGCCAUAAAUACAAUUAAAUCAAAUGUAUUUUAUUCAUUAUUGAUUUAAUAAUGAUUUUAAAUAUCAUGAUAUGUAAAUUAAUGAAAUUAAAAAUUUAACUAAAUAUAUUGAUAAUCGUUAGUUUUCACUUACGUUUUUCUAGAUCUGCCUUUUUUACUCACAAAAGAAAAAUUUAUAGGAAAUUUCUUAAGUUUUAAAUUAUUUAAAAUGUAUCGCAAUUAUUAUCCAUGACAUUCUUUGGUAAAAAAUUAUUGUUUUGUCGCAUAUCAAUAUUUCAAUGGCCAUAUACAUUUUCUAAUAAUUGAAUUAAAGUAUAUUAGCAUUAUUAGCUGCUAGAGCCUGUAAUGCCUCUAAAGCUAUGGAAUCUUGUUAUAUAAGGAAAUAUAAACAUCGAAACAACACUGAUUUAAAUAUAUAUCCAAUAUAUAUUUGUGACAUCUGUAUUAAAAUGGGUAAUAAGAUAAGAACAAUUUGAAAAUUUAACUCGAUUUUGUCGUUUCAUAUUUAGAAGAAAUUCUUAAGAUUUUACCAGUUUCUAUCAUUUAUAAUUGAAGAAUAUACAUGUUCAUUUAGUGAAGGACCAAGGAAUUGUUAAAGCUGUAUUUUUUUUUGUUUAUAAUAUUUUAUUGUUAUUAAAAAAAAAAAAAAACAUUUAUUUAACUAAUUUAUACUUAAUAAAUUGUUAGUCUUUUAAAUUAUUAGAAUUACAUUUAUUAAUAGUUUUGAGUUUAAAUCUUUUAAUUCAUAUAAGUAGCUAUUCUAUUAUUAUAUUAUGUAAAAUAUAACAGUGACGUAUAUAUGAAGGAGGACCCUAGAACAUGUACCAUAGUAAAAUUAUAGAUUCAAUUAUAACAUGGUAUGCAAAUUAUAACCCCCAUAACCCAAACAUUUAAUAAUUAGCCCAUAAUGAAAAUAAUUUUUUAUACGCCACUACAAUGUUAUGUGAAUGUUUAGAUAUUAAAUAUUGUGAUAUUUUAUGUCAUGUAAUUUUUAACAAAACAGUUUUUUUUUUACAAUAAAACGGUUUUGUUCCUUGUAUAAGUUACUUCCUAAUAUGCCCAAAUUACGCCUUAAUGUGGAUUUUUAACAAAAAAAUUUUUUAUGAAUUGUAAUUAUGUAUUUAAUUUCUUUAUUCAAUUUUAAUGUUUUGUAAAAUAGUUUGUUAUGUAUGAAGUUAGUAGUUAUUAUGCUAAAUAUUAUGUAAUAUAUUAAUUAUGGCAUUUUAUUGUUAUAUUUUGUGGUUUAUCCAAAUAUAUAUAAUAUAUUGAUUA